CACUGUUCACUGUCGUACAACCACGUUUCAACGCCUCUCCAGCAAGCAGUCAUGUCAGCAUGGCUGACAGGUACCGCGUGGUCGGGAAACCCGGCCGUUCUUCUCGCGGGCGCUUUUGUUCUAUUGUUUUUACUACAAUGGGUGUACAAAGUAGUGUAUAAUCUCUAUCUAGCCCCACUGCGGAACUUCCCUGGACCAAAGUUGUGGGCCGUCUCGCGCCUUCCCUACGCACUCUCUGUCACGAGAGGUCACCACCAUCUUGAUAUUCUAGAACUACACAAGCGCUAUGGCUCUGUAGUUCGCAUCUCGCCUCACGAAUUAGCCUUCAACUCUGCCCAAGCGUUCCGAGACAUAUAUGGAUUUCGCCCUGGACAUCAAAGCUUCAGGAAGGAUAGGACCCAUUACGUCUAUCCUCCGAAUGGGGUCGACCAUCUCGUGUCUGCCGUCGAUGAUGGCGUACACGCAAGACACCGUAGACUCCUCGCGAAUGUCUUCAGUGAGCGAGAGUUGAGAGCACAGGAGCCUCUGAUCCGAGGUUAUGUAGACCUCUUGAUCUCUAAGCUGCAGCUCCAGAUCCAGGAAGGGAAGGGGGCCAGUGUCGACAUAAGGAGCUGGUUCAACUACACGACCUUUGACGUCACAGGCGACUUGAUGUUUGGAGAGUCCUUCGGCUGUUUACGAGACAGCCAACUGCAUCCUUGGAUAGCCCUAAUAUUCGCAUCGAUGAAGGCCCUUGCUUUCCUGGGCGCGGUCAAUCAGUACCCUGCUUUUAGUGCGGUCUUGCAAAAGAUGAUACCUGCAAGUAUCAUUCAGAAGGGAGUCGACCAUUUCAACCUUAGCGCAAGAAAAGUCGAUCGGCGCCUAGAGAUGGGCGCUGAAAGACCGGACUUCGUGUCUGCCAUACUCAAGAACGGAUUGAGUGAAAAGGAGGGACAAUAUGCCGAGGCUGAGACGAUAAUGACGAGAGCUGAGAUUCACUCAAACGCCUUUAUCUUGAUUGUUGCAGGCAGUGAGACAUCUGCGACACUUUUGAGUGGUGCCAUAUACUACCUCUGCAAGAAUCCGUCAACUAUGGAAAAAGUCCUGGAAGAGAUCAGGAACGCGUUCACUGCAGACAACGACAUCACCUUUUCGAAAGCCACGACACUGUCAUACCUCAACGCCGUGAUUGAGGAAUCGCUUCGAAUCUAUCCACCAUUCGUGACCAGCCUGGCGCGACUCGCUCCUGCAGGAGGUGAUACCGUUGACGGCCAUUUCAUUCCCGAGAACACAACCGUGGCGUGUCACCACUACGCAUCGUAUCAUUCCCCUUCGAAUUUUGUGUCGCCGGAUGAUUUUGUUCCGGAAAGGUGGCUCGACACAGACUCGCGAUUUGCAGAGGACAAGAAAGAUACCGUCCAAGCUUUCAGUCUUGGGCCAAGGAACUGCAUAGGAAAGAAUUUGGCGUAUGCCGAAAUUCGCUUGAUUCUAUGCAAGGUUCUUUUCAAUUUCGACAUUGCACUCUGCCCUGAAAGCGAACAUUGGAAGGAUCAAGAGGUCUACUUUCUUUGGGACAAGCCCCCUUUAGUGGUGAGUCUGACGGAGAGAGCCGUGACAGUAUAGGAUUACUAUUGCAGAUGAUACAUACAUUACUUCGCGGAAGAGUAGACAGGAACUUCGAACCAGCAUUUUCAAGUUUUAACGAGCUUAGUUAAUAAACGAAUUGAAGAUGCGACUGAAGAGCAGCUGAAGGGUGAAGUCCUGCGCGUUUCCGCAUCAGACGCUCUUAAAAGUCCGGGCCUCUCUAGAAUUUCUAAUUGUGCUCAAAGUAUAUCCAGGUCAUGCAACCGUGAUGAAGAUACUAUUGAGUGAAAGCGGCGGAGAUGGAGCGUAUUGUCGAGAGUUGUAGAAG